AUGUCAAACACCAAGUAUGGGUCAUCUGUGGACAGUGCCGCAGCACGGAGGAAGAACGCUACCAGGGAGACCACCAGCACUCUGAAGGCCUGGCUGCAGGAGCACCAGAAGAACCCGUAUCCCACCAAGGGAGAGAAGAUCAUGCUGGCCAUCAUCACCAAGAUGACACUUACACAGGUGUCCACGUGGUUUGCCAAUGCGCGGCGGAGGUUGAAGAAGGAGAACAAAGUCACAUGGUCACCACGAGCCAAUAAAAGCUCUGAUGAGAGGGGCUGUGAAGAUGACAGUGAUGGUGUGGAGGGAUCGCAAGAGGAGGAGCCAAUGAAACACGAGAUAGAUGUUGAUGACUCUGUAACGGGGAGGUGUGUGGACUUAAAACAGAGUGACCUGGAGGACUUUGAUCUGCUGGAGUCAGAUGGUUCAGACUGCGACCCUAAACACCCGUUUCACACCAAAGACACCCCAGUACACACACCACCGGACCAGCGCCACCACCCCAAAGACCCUUCCAACAGCCCACUCACACAUACCCCAGACACACUCCGACACGGGAAUGAACGAUUGCCACAGUCAGCAGAUUGCCUCAAAAACACACCAGACCACAACCGAACAACCAACUCAUUCUACACUCAACGGGACCUGCGAAGUACAGAGAGCAGCAAACCUAACAUCUGGUCCAUUGCACAAACUGCUGCUAUCCAACCUGAGUUCCCUCCAUGCAUGCACACAGCCACCCCCAGCGAGGCCCUCUCCCCAGGGGGGUAUCUGACCGAAGUACCCAACCUGAAGGUGAGGGCGGCUGAGCAGCAGGACUCGCCAGUGGCUACUCUGAGAGAUUGGGUGGACGGGGUCUUCCAUGACCCCCUGUUCAGACAGAGUUCCUUUAAACCUGUGCUGUCCAAGUCAGCCAUGGACAGGGUGUGGAUUGGGUUAAAUGGAUAGGCGAUGGAAGGCAGAACUCUGUUGAACAUUUUACCUCGUCUUUGCAGUAUGUAUCGACUUCCUUAGAGAGACAUACAGAGACUGCUAUCCUCUCACCAUUUGAAUUAACUCAACCUGAGCAGAAGGCUAUCUGAACUCCUUAUGAUACUACAUGCUUCCAUGCCUUUUUUUGUUUUAGAAAAAUGUAAUACAUGAAUGCACAUAAAUGGCAGUAUAAUGACGUUAUAAUGACAAACAUCAGAACAAUGACGUUUUGCAUAAAUAUCAAAUUCAGACUACUUUCACUUUAAAUGCAUUUUUAAAUGAGUGGAGAAAAGAGGGAUUCAAUCCCUUUGGACACUAAGAAAAGCAAUGUAGUAGCCUACCCAUUCUCCCAGUAAAAUGAUCCCCCACAUUCAACAGAUUAAAAAGUUCUGGAUUGUUGAAUCACUAAAACACACUGAUAAUAUGUUGUUUUAUGAUCUGGGAAGUGGGGACACAGAGUAUCCUAGUGGUGUACACCUUUUCCAGACCUCUUAUAAUAACCUGAAGCAUGACAGCACAAUGUUUCCUCUUAAACCAAGUAGUGCAUAAUAUACAGUAUGUUUUGCUUAUGAUCACAUCUGAUAGACGUAUUUCACACUUCUUGCACUAAAGUCCGAUUGCAGUUGAU